GGGAAGUAUGAGAAAGUUUUAGUUGAUUAAAAUGAGUUUCUGUGUGUAGUAAAAAUGGAAAACUGCCAUAAGGAAAACGCAUGGCGAAAUUAUUACAGCAGCUGUUUGGUAUAAGUUUGACAAGUUUCUUAGUUCAUUAAAAUUCGAUUGAUUCUCUGUAUAGUAGAGUUAUUCUAAAGUGCAAUAUGAUACCAAAGUCCAAAGCGCUUGUUUGACUCGCUUGUGUACAGAAGCGAUGCGGCUUCAGAAAGCCUUUGCUACGUUUAACCAAACUUUUGGGUUAGUUUGCGCAGCGCAUUUCAGCAACCUUGCAGUAUUGCUGUAGCUAAAUUCCGCUAACUCAAACGUGGGUGUGUGCGCGAUCAGAUAGCGAAGUCGCUGAAGUGGAAAGAGGCGUGUUUUGAUGCCGGUACAAAAGUUAGGGUAUUGAAUUUAAGGGAAUAGAUAGUAGGCUAUUGUUAUAUGUAUAAUACCCAAGUCAUGUCAUCUGUGACCUUUUACAAAUUGACCAGGGGUAAGAGGGUAGGGCUAUUGAAAAGAACUGUACAGCUACCUCAGGAUAAUUGUCAGGAUAUACAGAAUUCGAAACCUCGGAAGCGUCAAGUGCAAUAUUGCGCCAAAACUAAACCGUUGAAGAAAUUGCAUACAAGGACGUAAAAAUGGACCACAAGACACCAGAAGCGGUUGAAUUAAUGGGAAACACAAAUGGGAGUUAUGACAAUGAGAAGGAGGAAAAACAUGCACCUCCAGUUUCCGGACUCACAGUGAUCACCGCUGUCCUCUUUAUCACAGGAGAAAUGACUGGAAGCGGAGUACUCGCUCUUCCAAAAGCAGUAAAGGAUGCAGGCUGGGUUGGGAUUUUCCUUAUAUUUAUGUGCGCUGGAAUAUCCUCGUUCACUGGGACCGUGUUAGGACGGUGUUGGACUUUACUAAGAGAGAAUAAACCGGAAUUAAGAGGGCACUGUGCGGAUCCAUAUCCUACUAUAGGAUUCAACACGUUUGGAAAACCCGGAAAAAUUAUCGUCAAUAUAUCGGUGUACUUCACUCUGUAUGGUGUAUGUGUUGUACUGCUACUGAUAGCGUCAGGAAACGUUCAGAGCUUAUUAUCACAGGUGAACGUCGACAUGUCACUCUGCUACUGGGUAAUGAUCAUUGGAGGUGCUCUUGCUCCAUUUUGUUGGCUCAAAAGCCCGAAAGACUUCUGGCCUAUAGCAUUGGGGGCUACUGUGACCACAGUUAUAGCUUGUAUAUUAAUCUUCAUACAAGCGAUGAUGGAUGUAGAGAAGGCGCAUAACGCUACAGUUGCACACAUUGAACAGGGAGAAGUUUUUGAACGUGGAUUCGAAACCUUUUUCUUGGCCUUUGGAAUGAUUCUGUUUUGUUUUGGAGGGAUGGCUGCUUUUCCAACUAUUCAAGCGGACAUGCGAGAACCAUCGCGAUUCCCGAAAGCAGUUAUAGUUGCAAUGGCAUCUAUCCUAUGCAUGUACAUUCCCGUGGGUGCUGCUGGAUUUGCUGUGUACGGAGACCUGGUAGCGGACAAUAUAUUUGACUCUCUAACCCAAGGCCCCAUGAAGUCGGUUGCUACCGUGCUAAUCACCAUGCAUCUUGUUUUUGCUUACGUCAUCAUUCAGAACCCGCUAAGUCAGGUUUUCGAAAUGCCCCUGAAUUUGCCUGACGAGUUCGGCUUAAAACGAGUGCUUGUCCGAACGUCAAUCACUGUCGUCGUCAUUUUCACUGCGGAAAGUUGUCCAAGGUUUGGCCACAUACUGGCGCUAGUGGGCGGGAGCGCCGUGACACUCAACACGUUCGUUUUCCCUUCGAUUUUCUUCUGGAAAAUUACUCGAAUGCAUGGAAAGGAAUGGGAGGGAGCGACGAUGCCGAAAUGGGAAAUCCCCCUACACGUCAUCAUCAUCACAAUAGGCGUGAUCGGCGGAGUGUCUGCAACUUAUUCUGCAAUUAGAGGCAUUACAGACCCUACAGCGUUCGUGCCGCCAUGCUAUGUGAACAUAACCGCUGCAUCAGCAAUGGGCGGCGGCGGCGGCAGUCACUAACUUUUAAAGCAAAAAAAAUAACAAAAAAGAGGUGAAAACUUUGAGGUCAUUCGUUCCGGUGUCCGCGGUUCCUGAUCAAAAUAAUUCCAACCCGAACGCUACCUUUUUAAUUCUGCUUAUAAUUGUGUUCCCGUGUUCGUACUCUCAAUUCUACCAGUGAUCCACUGUAUUCGGUUGUCGGUGUCUUCUAUUUAAAUUAGGCGCCGUUGUUUCCCACAGCCCUUGAGUGCUGUACUGCUGUCGAAAGCUAAAUAAAAUGCAAUCGGUCUUUUAGUAUAAAAGAAG